AUCGAGCAUUGUACUCCCUUCACCGAUCAGGAUGGCCUUUGUAGCAUCGGCUAGAGGCACCUCCCGCACGAGAUAAAUCCACAAUGUAGCAUCUGCAGCCGAGAUUACGACGACGACAGCAUUGGCAAGAUCAGCAACACCAGAUGUCGGAGAAAGAUGGAUGUAAAGAUGCGUACAAUGUAUCUAAGAUUAAACGCUGUCUUGGACGGGAUACUGCAUGUACAGUCGGAGAUGCUUCCAGGAAGAUCGGGCCUUUUUUUGUUGGUUCUCGAUAUGUUGUUAUCUGUGACCGCCUGUUGCCAUGCAAUCCGUGACAUGUUCGUCCGAUUCUACGUUCCGAGAUGUACAUUUACACGUACAUACGUUGAGCAACUGGGGUAUGGGGUGGAUAUACGCUUGGUUGGCGGCGUGGCCGGUGCCUCGUGUCGCGAUAGGAGGAGCGGCGGUGGCCUUGGUAUUUCGGACUUCGAAACUCUGAUGGAUUCAAGUGUCAGGGCUAGCACAUGAUUAGAUUGGGGGAGAAUGUUCUGAACGUGUUCUUUCACGCGUUUGGUCUUGUCUGUGCUUACCCCAAUUUCGCGUCAUGAUCCCUUUUCCUCCCACGUCUCGGCACGGGGUAUGACUCCAAUCCAAGGGCUCCAUGGGUUGCUUCUAUUUGCCUAAUUU